AUGCACAAGGAUUACGGGAUCCAAAUGAGUUAUGAAAAGGCAUGGAGGUGCAGAGAGAAGGCACUACACCUAGCUCGGGGUACACCUGAAGAUUCGUACUCGAAAUUACCUAGUUACUUGGACAUGAUACAGUUGAAAAAUCCAAGUACAAUCACGGAUUUUGUGGUAGAAGAUGGUCGCUUCAAGUAUUGUUUCUUCUCUUUGGGUCCUUGUAUUCGGGGGUUUAGGUUUUGUCGACCUGUUGUAUGCGUUAAUGGGUCUUUCUUGAAGACUAGGUAUGGUGGGCAAAUGUUGUGUGCAGUGGCACUGGAUGCAGGGAGUCAUAUCUUUUCGAUAGCUUUUGCUAUAGUUGACAGUGAAAACCACAAUUCCUGGACCUAUUUUAUAAGAAAAUUGAAAGAAACGAUUGGUGAUGUUGGGAACUUAGCCUUUGUUUCGGAUAGGCAUCAAAGCAUUUUCAAGACUGACUUCUUCACGAAUAACAUUUACACGUUUGCCUACACGUAUUCAAGAUCAGAGUUUCACAGAGAAUUUGAGAAUAUUCGGGCAGUGAAUGUUGCGGUUGCACAAUAUCUUGAGGAACUUGGAUUUGAGAAAUGGGCCCGGUCGUACUUUCCAGGGGUACGUUACAAUGUAAUGACGAGCAACUGGGCUGAGAGCUUCAACAACACAACUAAGGACGCAAGAGGCUUCCCGAUCACUGCUGCUGUAGCAUUCCUGAGGUCCAAAGUCCAAAAGUAG